AUGAACAGUAUAUUCUCUCACGGAAAGGACUUUUUGUAUUCUCUAGGACGUAUGACAGUGCCAGGCCGUCCUCUAAUAUUCGUCGCCCACAGUCUUGGUGGCAUACUUGUGAAAGAGAUGCUGGCAUUGUCCUGGGCUUCAGACACCACUUCUCUCAAAGGAACAGUUGAGUGUACUGCUGCAAUAAUAUUCCUGGGGACUCCACACCGCGGAAGUCCUGAACUCUCUGCCAUAGGGGAAUGGGCUAGAUCUAUCUUGGAUGCCUUCCACUUCCAGACAACCUCUGCGAUUCUCGAUACUCUAGGCCUUAAGACGACCGAUCUUGAGCGUGCGCAUGAAGCGUUUUAUAGACUUUGGCUACACUACGACUUCCGAGUCAAGACGUUCCAGGAAGGCUUUGGUCUUACCGGUCUCAAACUGGGGGUGCUGGGAAAUAAGGUUGUGCCCCACGAUUCAUCACUCAUCGGAGAUCCAAGGGAGCAUGCGGAAACUCUGCAGGCCAACCAUAUGGAGAUGUCUCGAUUUAGUGGCUCUCAGGAUCCGAACUUUGUGAAAGUCGCAGGAGAGAUUGUGGAUAUCUACACAGCAAUACACCGUGAACAGAUUCACCGCAGCGACAAGAUUGAGAUUCUCAAAGUGCCUAGCGAAGAAAGUCCAAAGCCGCAGAAUAGUUCGAGAGGCCAGCAGAAUUCUAUGGACAAGAAGAUGUUGAGUAAACUCAUUGAGGCUCUACGCUUCAAUGAGAUGGAUACCCGGCGCGAAAACAUUUCUCUCCCCUCAAUGAGUACUGGACAAUGGCUUUUCCGAAACUCAACAUUCCUCAUGUGGAAAACGAGCACGCAACCCAGCAAGCGACUGCUUUUUGUCAAGGGCAAACCAGGCGCUGGCAAGUCAACACUAAUGAAGGAGGCCGUGCGAGAGACUAAAUUAGGGCUUCGAGCACAUGGAUGUUGCGCGAGCUUUUUCGUCAAUGCUAGAGGCACAGCACUAGAAUCCUCGUCGACUGGAAUUCUUCGAUCUCUUCUGUGUCAGCUGUUGACAUACUGUGAGAGCUCCAGCAUAGAUACUCAGUCAAGGCCGGCAACUAUUCUGAUGGAUAGUAUACGGGAAAAAGCUGCGCUGUCAUCGAAAGAGUGGGGUGAUCGAGAAAUGGAGAGCUUGCUAACUGAUGUCCUUAGCGUUUUGUACUGGGAACAAGUCCCUGUCUAUAUCUUUGUGGAUGCACUUGACGAACUUGGGCUAGAAGCAGAGAGACAUGAAGUUUCGUUCUGGACGAACCUCGUUCAAUCUCGUGAUCUCCAGAAUGCACGGGUUUGCCUAUCUUGUAGGCACUUCCCCAAUAUCUCAACUGCAGAUUGCCUGGAGCUGGUCCUGGAUGCAUACAAUAGCCCUGAUAUCCUAGCGUACAUACAUCUCCGAUUGACACGACACAUAUAUAAGGAGGAUGAGCACUGGCGUGAAGACCUAUCCAAGAAAAUAUUCUCAAUGUCAACUGGAGUAUUUCUGUGGGUUGUGCUCGUAAUAGACGCCGUGUGUACGAAGUACGAUCAAGGAUAUAGCCUGCGAGCCCUUAUACGCCUCGUCGAAGAUACCCCGACGGAACUGAAGGAGGUAUAUGCCCAGGCAUUAGAGACACUUACCCAAGCCGAGAAGAUUCUCGCCUUGAGAUUGUUCCAAUGGGCUACAGAGGCAGCGAGGCCAUUACGGCUCGAUGAAUGGCAUCACGUACUAGCCUUUAUCACGGACCGACCACCAUCAUCACUGAAGGAAUGGCGAGAGUCAGUUACGUUCACUGAGAAUGAUCGUCAACUCGAGAGAAUGAUAAAAACACUAUCAAGAGGAUUACUGGAAAUAAGCAACAGUCAUUUUGACAUUAUGGCUAGCAAAGAAGCUGGGACAUCGUCUGUCAACGCAGGUGCUGGCUCUCUGGAUCAUGAGCAGGGCUCAGCUCGUGUUGUGCAAGUUAUACACGAGUCUGUGUAUGAUUUCCUGAUGUGGCAGGGGGGUUUUGAACUUCUCGGAUGGACUGGAACCAACAUCAUUGCAGACUGUCACUGCAUGAUUGCCAUUACGUGUCUCAACUACAUGAACAUUCCAGAGCUGGAUGAUCUAGUCAUUGCCCGUCAACGAAUGAAGGUGCGCGUUACAGCAAUGUCCUCAACGCAUUCUUCACUCAUGGAAGAAUCCCAAGACUUGCAGCCGAGAGAGACUAGCUUUGGUCCAAAGCGUACAUUGGAUGGUCUCGUCACAUUGCCCAGGAUAGAUCCACAGAAGCUCGUCGAGGCUUGGGUUACGAACGAACAAAUAGCAUCUUGCUCGAGCUCUCUCAGAGAAGCAGCUAACAGACAAGCCUCUUUCGGAUCUACUGCUGUCAAGUCUCAAGCACUGCAAGACUAUCCCGCAUUACUUCUGUACGCAGCGUCCGAAAUGGGCUUUCACCUUCAUCUAGCUUCCUCCGCGACGUCAGGAUAUUUGAAAGCGAAGCUAAACCGUCAGCUAAAAGACGAAAAAUUGAAGAAGCGUCUCGUUGCGCUUCAUACAAAAAUGCGGUAUAAUAAGAACUAUAUGCAAGAUAUUGAAAUCGAUGACGGCCUUUCCUCCACUUCUUCAAUGUAA